AUGAGCUACGCGACGCGCCUGGUCCGGCGGGAUCCCGAGCAUGUUGAUCAUCCCAUAGGAUUGGGUUGGCUGCUUGCCAUUGCUCUUUGCGGUGGCAUUUUGCUAUUCACAACGGUGGGCUUGCUCCUUGUCUGGUGGGUGAAGAAGAGUCGCAGUCCAGGACCGCAGAUGGUUUAUUCGUUCGCGGCUCAAAACUAUGGUUUACCACCGUCGUCUUCGCGAUUGACCAAGCGACGGCUUCUGGGGUCUGAAUCAUUCUGCAAGCUAUCUAGUCGAAUUUCCAGCCGGUUUUCGUUCGUUGGGCCACACGAUGAACCGCCUCCAUUACCGACACAUGAGAGCUUACCACUGCCCGAGAGGCGAAGAACCGUUUCGAGAGGCAGGAAGAGAUCGAGGAGUUGGGUGGACGAGGACGAUAUGCACGGACCCAGGAUGGCGAGGAGCAAGAGGAACGCGCGAGAGUCGUGGUUUGGGGGAGAUGGCCGACUUGGCAUGGCGCCAACACUUCCCAACGUCGAUGCGGUUCCAGAGGAGGUGGAAGUGCAAGUUGGAGUGACUCUGCAACAUCCUCAGCCGAGAUGGUUGCCACGCAGCCAGACGGAGCCGAGAAUGGCUCCAGUGUCAAACCCAACAAUGCAUCAUAAUGGCGUACCAACGGGGGUUGUGUCGGCUGGGCCAACGAGAAUAGCUGUUCCUCAGCCAGCACACGUUCGGCCUUCGGUAACGGACUCGGAUCUCAAGGGUAUCUUGCGAUCAACAGAGCGGAGGCUCUCUGAGAGGAAAUCACAGUCUUCCAUCAAGGCACCCAGAUCAUCUGCUGUAAAUGGAUCUCCCACAAAGACGAUUCGCAGCCAGGACAGCCACAGCAGCCAUCACACCACAUCAUCUGGCAGAUCGAGCGGCGGCCUACGCGUGUCGGGAAGUCCGCCCAAGAGAGGCCCAUCUCACACAUUAAGCGGGAAUAACUCUACGAGCACCGUUGGCAGUGCUGCGAAUAGUCUGAUUGCGGCGGCGACCCAAGAACUCAAACUUCCAGGAGGGUGUUCGAGCCCCAGCAAGGCCAGAGGAGCUCGACGAGAGCAGCAGCAGCAGCAGCAGCAGCAGGAUCGGCGGAUAGUGUCGACUGGAGGCCCUGACAGAGCUCGAAACACAACUGUCCAGUCGCAAAGUCUGCAGAGGCACAGCCCUCCACGAAACAACCUACAGAGACAAAAUACCCAUAUAGCGAUGAUGAUGAUUCCUCAGAUGCCUCCCCAAAUGCAAUUUUCCCAUAUGCAAUAUCCGCAAGUACAACAUCACUCGAUGCCACCACCACAGCAACGCCCCCCACAGAGAAACCCUGAGCAUCGUAUGUCCUUUGAUAGCGACAAAUCAAGCUCGCUUUCCACUCUUUAUAGCACAAACGAGCCGGAAGAAGAGAGACCCAGGCAACGGCAGGUGGAUGAUCCCUUUGUGGAAAAGGGGGGACCAAGGAGGUGGCCAAGCUGGCAGGCACGGCAGCGGCCUGCAAAUGUCGAAUUACAGAGGCGGGUAAAGACGCUCAGCUCACCAUUAUUGACGAGUUUCAUGGCGGGCGAGCCUUCGUGCCCGCCGCCAUUGCGGCCUCUCUCGGCGAUGUCACCGCCCGAUAUGGGCUACAGGGGCUUGAUGUCUCCCCUGAUACUCGAACCGCGACCAACGGAAUAUGAAACAAAUGCCGGCGCCAACGGAUUAGACUAUUCGCAGAUUCCGUAUCUUCCUCAGGCUCCAUCGGAAAUCAGCUUCGUCUCCAUGUCAGUCGAUUCUGAUGUGACCGAGGUGCCCGCGAACGAGACGGCCAGAGUCGACUGGAUUGACAGCAGCGACUCGGCGUCAUCUAGUCCCUCGACGCCAACGGGAAGGACAAGGUUCGUCGAAAUGUCGUCGUCGUCGUCGCCCUACGACGAGCGAGAGAUCAUGUCCCUCUUGAUGGCCACGGCACCGUCUCAGCGAGCCUUGCCGCUGCCUCCGCCUACCAUGACAAACCCAGACGGCAGCAUCGUCACGAUUCUUUCGCCAGCGCCGCGAGGAGGUUUGAUGCGACAGACGUCCACCGCGAGCUCUACUUACACGUUGGAGUCGUUCAUUGCCGAUCACCAAGCGGGUGCGUUGUCGGCCUCGCCGUCUCGGCGAUCCAUCCACGGCCCUCGACUCAGCAGCACCAUUGCUGAACUGCGUCGCAUGAACAGCGUGCUGAGCACGUACAGCGUGGCGUCUUUGGCUUCGACAGUUGCUGGAGACGGCGACUCACCUACUCUACCAGCCUCGCUCAGUAGCAGCGGUAGCGGUGCGUUGGCGAAAUCGCGGUCGGUCCGCUUCAGCUCCGCAAACAUCGGCAGCAAACACUAUCUCAACGUCGGAAACACAAAGUCCAUGGUCACCUCCCGAUACAGCACGCGAGGAACACGGCACCGCCGCUCGGAAACUUGCUAUUACGGCAAAGAUUUCCAAGGGCUGGGGCUGCGGUUGUCCUGCAUCUUGGACGAAGCGCUUGAUUCCGAUCCGCAGCAGCAGCAGCGGCAGACGCAGAGCCUCAACCUCGGUUAUAAUAAGCCCGGCGUCGAGAUCAUCGAAGGCAUCUCACCAAAGGUGCUGAAGCAGAAAUUCGGUCCCGUGGAGGAGCUUAUUGAGGCGGAGGAGCAACUGAAUCUGCGUCGACUGAGUAUAGAGAGCUUGGGGCUCUAUGACAAGGACGGGUUUUUGCUCAGCUCGCCGGAAAGAGACGCGAAGAAAAAACGCAUAAGAGCGUGA